AUGAAGGCCAAAGCCUGCACACGUUGUCGCCAAUGGAAAGUCGGCUGUGACGCCGACGUCUCCGGGCCACAGGGCUGCACACGGUGCCGGGAACAUGGCACGCCCUGCACGUUCGACAGGACGUUUCGGCGCACCGCUAAGAGAACGAAGCUAGCAGAGAUGCAGAAUGAACUUGCUGAGCUGAGAAAAUUGGCCGCAGCCACGGCAAAUUCAACAAAGGGCAACAACACCGAUCCACUUCCUAAACAACCAGCACCGUCGCCACACCCACUUCCCAUCUCCGCUGGAUCAUCGACUCCUAUCGCGCCUGAAGAACCAACCAUUUUGUCUACAAGCACGACCAAUCCAGCCUUGGAAGGCUUAUGCAUCGCCGACAAGUAUCUUGGCGAUAUUCAACUAACUGCCUCACAUGUCAACGAACUCUUCCGUAUCUACUUCACACGCUGUCAUCGGUACCUGCCAUUCAGAAUCUGUAAAUCCAUCGAGGCCAUUUACGAGCGAUGUCCACUGCUCUUCUGGGUCAUCUGCGCCGUGGCCUCUGCCGACACGGCACGAGCACAAUUCGAAGUACCUGUCCGGUGUCUCAUCGCAGACGUCCUCGAUCCUCACAAGAGCAGCACGGUCGAGAUGGUGCAAGGUCUGCUGAUUCUGUGUAUGUGGCCGUUUCCUUUCGCCAACCAAAAGACCGAUUCUUCAUUCAUAUACAGCGGCCUGGCGACGCAGAUCAGUCUCAGCAUUGGCCUGCACCGGCCAGCGAUCGACGCGGGCUUCGACAAUGAGACCACCGAGCACCACCAUUACGGAGACGAAGAGAUCCGAAGAACCACGUGGCUGGCUUGCUUCGUCGUGGCGCAGAUCCAGGCGAGCAGACGCGGCGUCCCUGCGACGGUGGUGGCAGACUACCCGCUCUUGUAUUCCCUCGACAAUCCCGCCGUGCCACACGAGCUCUCGCAACUAUGCUACAUCUCCCACCUCACCGUCGACGCCACUCACGCUCUUGGGGCCCGCGGGUCCAACUCCGCGGGGCUAGUCGAGCCGUCCGCCCGAAUCAGCCUAAUCAAUGUCUUUGGCAAGCAGUUCGACGACGUCCGGCGCCAGCGGUUCCCGCAGCCGAGCGACGUGGUCGAGAUAUUUUUCCUGAGCUCGAGGCUGCAGAUAUGGUCGUUUGCGCUCCACAACGACGUCCCCGUAACGGCCAACAGCGUCCAGAUCAUCUGUCGCGCGCGAGAGGACGCCAUGAGACUGAUCCAGAUCGCGUGCGAGAUGAACCUGUCUCUGGUGCCGUUUUACACGCGGAGGUCUGUGUGUUAUGCCGCCCUCCUCCUUUGCCGGAUCAAGUUGGGCGCGUACGGCUGGGAAGAUGACAUGAUUGAUUUGCAUGUCGAAAGAGCGCGGGAGGCCCUCGGCGUGUCUGAGGGGCCCAAGCUGUCGCAGUUCAUUGCUUUCGUCACGUCUCCAGAUAACAAAGAGGCCUUUGUACAGGCUAGUAUGGACAAAAGAUCGCCGCAUCGUUCGCGACUCGGUGCCUUUUUGGUGUUUGAUUUUCAUCAGGUUUACAUGGAUAUACAGCAGAACACUAUAUUGUUUUCUUCUGACUUUUGGGACUUUGAAAAUCUGCCCUGGACGGAGUUUCCAUGA